AUGCUGGGACCGAUCGGACCCAUUCAGAUGCAUAACUCUGUGUUGAAUCCUCAUCUCAUUGACAACAGUAUUGCCGCCGAUUAUGAUAACAUAGCGUUCAGUGUUCCGCAUCUGUAUUACAAUCCCCGACAUAUCAAACAAGAAGUUGUCAGUGAAAGUGAUUGUCAGCCAUCAGUGCCACAGAAUUGUCACUUUCCUUUCUUUAACAAAAGCCGAAUGUCUUAUGACUCGAACAGAAUCCUAAACUCUUCUGCAAAUUCCAUGUACUCAGUGAAGAAAGCAGCUCUGGUUUGGCCCGGAGCUCCAGACGGUGGAGUUCAUGGUAAAUCGACAUCAGGUGCCGGCAUCGCUGGAAUCGGUGGCGGAGCUGUUAACACGCCGCCCGUUUCAGGGCCCACAUCGGGCCGCCCGGUGUCACCAAACUCGGGUCUCGUGCACUGGGUGUCAGUGAUGGCCGAUCACGCACACGUGCCCAGCCCUGCCCACUCGGCCAGCCAGCACGUCGACAGUGCAUCUGUCCAUUACAUGUGGAACGGAGGUCUCGAGGAACUGGUGAUUAUGUCUCUCCUCAACCCUUUCACUCGUAAUUCGCAUGUCUAUGAUGUCUAUGACUGUAUUCAAAGGGGUAACGAUUAG